AACCCGACUUUACAAAACGAGAAAUGAGGUUAUGAGGGAGUAGAGUUGUAGAGUGUAGAAGUGUAGAUAGAGUGAUAAAUUAGCAAAUUCAACAGAGGGCACAUCAAACCACUUUGGCAAUUUAAAAUAGUACUGCAAGAACAAGAAACAAAGAUGAACCAAGAUGUCCAGAAGAACACACUGUACGUAGGAGGAUUAGCCGAGGAAGUUAACGAAUCCAUUCUUCAUGCUGCCUUCAUCCCUUUUGGAGAAAUCAAAGAUGUUAAAACCCCACUUGAUCAAGCUACGCAGAAACAUAGAUCAUUUGGAUUUGUUACUUUCUUGGAGAGAGAAGAUGCUUCUGCCGCCAUGGAUAAUAUGGAUGGUGCUGAACUUUAUGGUCGUGUUCUCACUGUUAAUUAUGCUCUUCCUGAGAAGAUUAAGGGUGGUGAACAAGGAUGGGCUGCUCAACCUAUUUGGGCGGAUGCUGAUACAUGGUUUGAGAGGCAGCAAAUGGAAGAGGAAAUGCAGCGUCUUCAGGCCGAGAACAAAGCUUCAAUAGAAGCUGGCGAAGAGCUUCACAGAAAGAAACUGGCCGAAGAGCGUGAAGGAGAAAAAGAGGACGAUCCCAUGGCUAGGGCCGAAGCUGAGGUUUUACAGCAAAAUCAGAAUAGCUGAUUAUCUAGCAGAAACAAGGGAGAUGUGUUCUGGUCUUCUGGAUAUCUUUGUCAAAUGCCCUUGUAUUAAUUUGGAUUUUGAAACCAAUGAUCGAUCAGUUAGAUGUAUAAACAACAGGUUUAGUGAUAAACGAGUACGAAUUCCUCCCAACAUUUUUUUUGAUAUGAGGUGACAGGCUACAUAUUGCAUUA